AUGGUCUCGUUUAAACUUUCUGGUUAUCAUUGUGCUGUGUUAGCUCGUUUAACUUUUCCUCCUGCAGCUAGCAUCGAUGAAGUGGGUAGUACGCCUCUGGAGGAUGUUUUACAGAAUCUCGGAGGUUGGCCGGUAGUAGAAGGAGAAAAGUGGAGAGAAGAUUCCUUCGACUGGCUGGAUACUGUCAUAGAAUUCCGCAAAAGAGGCUACGAUUUCGAUGUAUUAAUGAGCUUUGAUGUUACGCAGGACUAUAAGAACAACACAGCUCAUAUCAUUGAGCUGGACCAACCAAGAUUGGCGUUAUCCCGCAACGAUUUUCUCAGUGGAUUAAAUAGUUCCGUCACAGAGGCUUAUUUCAAACUAAUGGUGAAAGCAGCAAAUAAAUUGGGUGCAAAUAAAGAUACUUCCAAGGCCGAACUCAGAGAAGUGCUCCAUUUCAUAGCUCUGCUCGCGAAUCUCACUACGCCAGAAGAGCAAAGAAGGGACUUGGACGCUAUGUAUCACAAGUACACUGUAAAUCAGCUUGCACAGGAAGUGCCAAAGAUUAAUUGGAUGAAGUAUUUUAAUGGAGUACUGAGAGCUGAAGUCUUUGAAAACGAUACUUUGAUAAAUAUGAACCCAAGUUUUAUUCAAGGUGUCGCCGAUUUGAUCAACACAACAGACAAGAGGGUGGUGGCUAAUUUCUUGAUGUGGACGCUAGUUGACAAAUCUAUGCAUCAACUGUCAAAAGACUGGAGGGGUCUGAAACAAGAGUUCAGAGCAGUGGCCAUAGGAGAAAUCCAAGAAAAACCUCGCUGGGAACAAUGCCUCUCACCUGUAUCUAGAUAUUUGGGAGAGGCACUCAGUUUCUAUUACGUGCAAAAUUAUUUCAAAGAGGAUAGCAAAGACGCUGCACUGGAGAUGGUUAGAUAUAUUAGAACUGCAUUCUUAAAUAUGUUAGAAAAUCUAGAGUGGAUUGAAGAAGGAACAAAACAACGAGCUAAAGAAAAGGCUGAAGCCAUGCAUUUACAUAUUGGCUUUCCGAAGGAGCUCCUAAAUGAUUCUUACGUAUCUGACUUAUACAAAGACUUGAAAUUUAACACCAGCGAAAGUUAUUUCGGCAUGAGAAGAAAAUUAGACAUUUGGGAAACUGACGAGAGUUUCUCUCUUCUUCGAAAACCUUCCAUAAAAGGACUGUGGAAGAACUACGCAAUGGUAGUUAUAGUAAAUGCUUAUUAUAGUUUUCUAGAGAACAGCAUGACAUUUCCUGCAGGAGUUUUACAAGAACCCUUAUACGGUAAUGAUCGACCAAAGUAUCUAAACUUUGGAUCCAUUGGCAGCAUUAUUGGCCACGAAAUUACACAUGGAUUUGAUGAUAUGGGUCGCCAAUUCGAUGAGAACGGUAAUAAUGUGAGAUGGGGAGACGACGUAACAGACCAGCAUUUCAAAACAAAAGUCCAGUGUAUUAUAGAACAAUAUGGAAAUUACACUACUGAAAAUGGAUUGCAGUUAAAUGGAAUUAACACUCAAGGAGAAAAUUUGGCUGACAAUGGAGGCAUGAAAGCAGCAUUUUUGGCCUACAAAUUAUGGGCAAAAGAUCACGGAAGCGAGCCAAGGCUCCCAGGACUGAACUAUACGCCGAAUCAAUUGUUCUGGAUAAGUCUAGCUAACGUAUGGUGCAACAAAGUCAGACCAGAAGCUCUGAGGGCAGAGAUUACCCAAGAAUCACACACUCCAAUGCGGUUUAGAGUGCCAGGAGCAUUGUCUAAUCUACCAGAAUUUGCCGAAGAAUUCAAUUGCUCAUCAGAAUCAGCAAUGGUUCGAAAAAACAGAUGCCAUAUUUGGUAGAAAAAUCAACUGAAGAUAUAAAAAUUUCAGAAAAUUUGAACAUUGUUAUUAUCAUUACUGUAUUUGUUCUACAAACAUAAUGCAUUUUUCGAAUGCAGAUAUUUUAAACAGUUCUGAAAUAUGUAUAACAUUUGUCUAAAUAAAAUUUAGAUUUC